AUGUCUUCCUCCUCCUCUUCUUCCGACAACGGAGACGACGGCGCCGGUUCUAGCUCCGGCGCUCGUGCAACUGGCGGCGUUUUCGAGGCCCCAUCUCCUUCUCGCCCUCGCCGUGGCGCCAACGACGUCUGGCCUGAACCUUUUCUCGAAUCUCUCGCCGUUCAAGUCGCCGUUGACGCCUCCUUAUCCUCCGGUCGCCUCGCCGCUGCUCCGGCUCUGGCCAACGUCUUCCGGGUAUGCUCCACGUGGCAAGCUGUAUCUCGCUCCGACCAUCUAUGGCAACUCCUCUCUCGCCAUGUUUGGGGAAUAACACGUCUGAUGCAUGACACGUGGCGAGACGAGUUUAUCUAUCGUCAUCGUACGACCAUGAACUUCCGGACUCGUACUUACGGUUAUUUCACACUCCAUUUCGAUCCUACCGACGUGGACGAGCCCGACAGUCUCUCUUGCCGUUGUCUUACUCUAUCCGACCUUUACUUAGCCGCCGGGUUUGCCGACGGAACCGUCCGGCUCUUUCUCUUAAACAACCGUCUCCACGUUCGAACCCUAAGGCCACCUCUUCGAGACCGUUUCGGGAGAUUCUCACGAGCGGUCUCAGGCAUCGUUAUCUCCGACUCAACACUCACUUUUGCCACUAUGGACGGAGACAUCCACGUGGCGCAAAUAGACGGUGCGGGUCACACGCGCACGGCUUACGCCGGAGAUAUCGUUAACGACGGUGCAUUAGUGGAUUUCACUGGCUGCGGACGCUGGUGGGUCGGGCUUUUCGCGGGUGUCCCGGGUCGAGCCUUUCACAUAUGGGACUGCAUAAGCGAAGAGACAACGUUCGUUGGUGGUUCCUUGACCGACCCGGAAGCUGUCAUGGGUUGGCACUCGUUAACUGAGCUAACAACGUCACUUGGUCGUCUUCGGAUCACCGGAGGCGAGACGGCGGUUGCAUGCACGAGGUGGAAGAUCAUGGUGAUCGAUCUAAGAAACCAAGGAGUGAUCAUCGGCGAAGACGAAGAGCCAAGGAGAGGCUUGAUGGUGACGGCUUUUGACGCAAAUGAAGAGGCGUACGUUAGAGUGGACGGAAGAGGUAACGCUAGCGUGCGCAGGGCGGCGACGCAGCAGACGGUGUGCGAGUUCAGAGUGAGCGGAACGGCGCAGAGGAGCGUGAUGGGGUGUGUAAAUCGACUGCACGCGCUAAUGUGCGCAGGAGGAGUGAUGCGCGUGUGGGAAGUCGAGAGAGGAGAGUAUCUGUAUAGUAUUAGAGAAAGAGUAGGAGAAGUUGACGCUAUGGCCGCCGAUGAUAGACAUGUGGCGGUUGCAUCUUCUUCAUCAACGGCUCAAAGCACUAUACAUCUAUGGGAUUUCGGUGCACUGUAG